AUGCACCGAUUAUUUAAGGGGGGUUGUCAGAGACGUCUACGAUUUUGUAACAGACUUGGCAGUCCAACAUUUCCACGUUCGACUGUCUUCUUGAGUUUGCCUUUAUCCAAAUUUCCAAAGAGCACCAGCGUUGCGACGGCGAUGAUGAUGGCGAUCGCGAUGAAGCGUGCUGCUGCUGCUGCUACUCGUGCUAUUUCCUCUGCUAAUUCCGGUUCGAUUCUCCCCAGACACCUUCAUGCUUCUUCUGAAAAUGCUUUGGGCAUUCGCAACUGGUUGGAAUCACAAGGCCAUGAGUACAUAGUCACUGAUGACAAAGAAGGACCAGAUUGUGAACUUGAAAAACAUAUCCCCGAUUUACAUGUCCUCAUUACCACCCCAUUCCAUCCAGCCUAUGUGACUGCUGAAAGGAUAAAAAAGGCAAAGAAUUUACAACUAUUGCUUACAGCUGGAAUCGGAUCCGAUCAUGUUGAUCUCAAGGCUGCUGCUGCUGCUGGAUUAACUGUUGCAGAAGUUACUGGAAGCAAUACUGUUUCUGUUGCAGAAGAUGAACUUAUGAGGAUCCUUAUUCUUGUUCGUAAUUUCUUACCUGGACACCAUCAGGUUAUUUCUGGUGAUUGGAAUGUUGCAGGUAUUGCUCACAGAGCUUAUGAUCUUGAAGGAAAAACAGUAGGAACAGUUGGUUGUGGGCGAAUUGGAAGGCUUUUACUUCAACGAUUGAAGCCUUUUGGGUGUAAUCUUCUUUACCAUGAUCGGAUUCAGAUGGAUUCGGAAUUGGAGAAUCAAAUUGGUGCAACAUUUGAGGCAGAUCUUGAUAAGAUGCUUCCUAAAUGUGACAUUAUUGUCAUCAAUACCCCUUUAACAGAGAAAACAAAAGGAAUGUUUGAUAAAGAAAGGAUUGGUAAAUUGAAGAAGGGGGUUUUGAUUGUUAACAAUGCUCGAGGUGCUAUUAUGGAUACACAAGCUGUUGUUGAUGGGUGUAAUAGUGGACACAUUGGAGGGUAUAGUGGAGAUGUUUGGUAUCCUCAACCAGCUCCAAAGGAUCAUCCAUGGAGAUACAUGCCAAAUCAAGCAAUGACACCUCACAUUUCUGGAACCACCAUUGAUGCACAGUUGCGAUAUGCGGCUGGAGUGAAGGAUAUGCUGGAGAAUUAUUUCAAGGGAGAAGAGUUUCCAGCCCAACAUUACAUUGUGAAGGAGGAUCGAUCCAUCUGCUAUCGCAAAACGUCAUUUCUGUUCGGCACAAGGAAUCGGUUAAAGAUAAUGGCUGAAACAAAGUCAGGUAUGAGGAAACCUGUUUUCACAAAGGUGGAUCAACUGCGACCUGGAACCAGUGGCCACAAUCUGACUGUCAAAGUUGUUAGCUCCAAGCUGGUGUUGCAGAAAGGCCGACCAGAUGGCCCACAGCUUCGCCAAAUGCAAAUAGCUGAAUGCUUGGUUGGAGAUGAAACAGGGACUAUAGUUUUCACUGCAAGAAACAACCAAGUGGACUUGAUGAAAGCUGACAACACUGUAAUUCUGCGAAAUGCCAAAAUUGACAUGUUUAAGGGAUCAAUGAGGCUUGCAGUGGACAAAUGGGGACGUGUGGAGGUGACAGAAGCAGCUAAUUUUAAGGUAAAAGAGGAUAACAAUCUUUCACUGGUUGAGUAUGAGUUGGUUAAUGUUGUGGAAGAGUGAUUACAACAGAAGAUGUUCUUCAUGCUAUUUUGGGCCAUAGUAAUGGAAUCUGGCAAAUUAUAUGGCUAGAGUUAUGGGGUUUUAUUGCAAUUCAUGUUAUGGUUUGACUGUUUAUUGAAAAAAAAGUCUGCAAAGAAAAGGUGGAUAACAGAUGCAGUUGCAGUUGCAGUUGGUGGAACAAUCAAAAAUAAAAGAUCAUAGCAGACUGUGUUAUGAGGUCAAAACAAAUGGUUUGUUGUUCCGUUCCUUUUGUUAUCAAGACUUGAAAUGAUGUUGUUAUCAUGUUUUCUGGAACAUGUAUGCACGUAAUCACAUAAACUGCAUAGUAAAUAACCACAUACCAUGUAACAUUUUUAACUGAAACGCUUACAAAGGCCUACAUAGGUAACCAUAUAUAAAGACCCGCAUUGAUAACCACUCUUAAAAACUCACAUAG